GUCGGCACUCGACGCGCAACCUCGAUCCGUCAGAGACACAGUGUCGCGACGCCUCCGCCGUUUUAAUACGUUUAAUAAAUUGUAAACACGGUAGGUUUUGUCGCCUGCACCUUCGAAAAAACGUGUUAUGACUUCCUGCGUACCCUUUGUGCUUCCGUUCGCCGUUAUUCCCUUCUGCAAUCCGUUUUCAACUAGCGUUAAUUAUCGCUCCAAUUUUCAUCGACGUGCCAACGCCACCGGAUACGAGUCGAACGUUUAGGUGCGUAAAAAAAACUUGAAAUAAAAAAUUUAACCACCUACCCACGCAGAGUUACUACGCACACCCGAUAAAAUCGUAUAGUAAACGCGGAUGCCUUUUCACAAAAACUUGAAAUAAAAAGGAGAGAAUAAAAAAUAAUAUGCAAAAAGCUCGCGAGGAUAAUUUUUUAUCUUAACAGAUCGUUUUGACAAUAAAUCGUGUAUGCAGUGGUGCGUAGAUCGGAAUUAAUGAAUGUACAAAUGUCGAAUCGCACGACUGAUUUCUAAGUAAUGACGUACGACGAUAUCGAAUGAAAUAAUUAAUUGGAGCGUUUACAAUCAGAUUCCAAGCAUUCCGUUGUUGAGAAAUUUAUUAUCGACCAUUGAAAGUUGUAGGUGAAUUUCAACGGAACCAGUGAUACGGAACAGACAAUAUAAUGAGGUUCGAUUGCUGUAAUAACUGAGUUCACUCGGUAAUAAUUGAUUGACAAACGAAUCGCCUAAAACAAAUACCGAUAAUCAAUGUUCACCGCAUAACUGCGAACGAUUAAAAAUACAUAUGACCUCAUAAGCUAACGCCAAUAAUCAAUUAGAUUAGACUUUUGGAAAUUCUUCAAACACACCGGACUCUGACUAUAAUAAAACGUCUAAUAUUUAUAUUCAACUACAACCACAUAUAUCUUCCGAUUGAAUUGAAUAUACACACCCAGCUACCCCGGUUACAGAACAUAAACUGCACGUAUAUAAAAAUAACGGGGGAUAAAUCGUGCGAUCGAUUAUCGGUAGGCGUUAACGCUGGUACUAGACGAACUCGUCAAAGUGCCCGACAAAUUGUCCGAGGUAUUCGGGGAUGUUCUGAAGUUGGCAUGCGGCGCCGGGGACGGGGACGGGGCUGGGGGCGGACCCGGGACCGGCAACGAGAAGACAAACUCUACAAGUAUGGUUAGUAAAAUUGGCGGAAUUGCAAAAUUCCGGGUCAGAGGGAACCAAAGAACCGGAGCUCGAUCGCCCCUCUGCUCCGUUGCCACGACGGACAGCGCUGACAGCACAUCAACCGCAAGUUCUUCCGAGGAAUUCAAUAUCGCCAAGGAACAACACGCCGUGCAACCAUCCGCAGUUACGGAUUCAGGUAUCGGACUGCCACAUCAGAGUCGUAGCUAUCCGGGAGGUGGUCGAGCGCUUGCAAGGACUCCUUCUAUAAGCUCCCAGAGUUCGUUGGAAGGAGCAUCAGGUCCUUCGGUUCAUCGUGGAUCAUCUCCGCAGAUCAGAGCUUUCGGUCCGGACGGUCGUCACUACCACGAUGCCAUUCAUACCGCAUCUUCUUAUCCCCCAAGUCGGGGUUCAAGAUCACCGUCGCCAGCCCGAGCCGCUUCACUGGAUGCUCGCAGUGCUAGUCCUGCAAGCUGCAGCGGAAGUAGUGCUUUAAGUGGUACAGCCUCACCCUCUCAAACAUCCCUCGUUUCUUUAGCGACCGUUACAAGCUCAUCGGUGUCAUGCGGAUCAGCGGGAGGCGCGCACAGGGCUCGAUGUCUAUCUCCCCUCUUGAUACCCCCGCCAAGGGCAUCUGGAAGUGACGGGGGACCUGCGCUGCCGGCAUCACCUCUCGGCUCUUUGCAACCGGAUCUUUAUCCCCGUAGAGACGGUCCGUUGGUCAUCAAUACCCGCAGAUCGGGUCCGAAUCUCGGAAGACUGCAUCUACGUUUGCAGUAUGAUUUUGAUCGGUCAGACCUGAAUGUGCAUCUGAUAGAAGCCCACGAUCUGGCGGGAAGUGAUCAGGGCGGGUUUAACGAUCCAUAUGUGAAGCUCACUCUGAGUCCAGAAGUCGAUGCCAGAAAAAGACAAACCUCAAUAUAUCGUGAUAAUCCGAAUCCAUUUUUUGAUGAACACUUCAAGUUCCCAGUCAGUUACGAGGAACUACAAGAUAAAACUCUCGUCCUGCAGGUGUUUGACUUCGAUCGUUAUUCCCGGAAUGACGUGAUCGGAUCGGUGCGAGUUAUGAUGGAUAAAUUAGAAUUGGUAUCAUCAACGUCCUCCGUCGAAAUAUGGGGUGAAAUUGCCAGGGAGAGAAAACCACCCGAAGAAAGACAAGAAGUCCUACUCUCUCUUUCUUACCUCUCAAAGGCAGAGAUACUCACCGUUGCAAUGCUGAAAGCUCGGAAUCUCUUUCCUCCUCAGGACAAAGAAUGCCUCGAUCCUUUCGUUAAAGUAUAUCUUUUGUCCGGGGAUAAAAAAGUGAAAAGGAAGAAAACUAAGGCGCAAAAAGGCACGAGAAAUCCAGUAUGGAACGAAUCUUUAUCCUUUAAUGUCCCAGCGUCGGCACUUUCUACAUCCGCUAUAGAGAUAAUUGUCCUGGAUUCGGGAAGUGGAAACAACACACCUGUGGGAUCUUGUACGGUUGGACCGGGAUCGGGAUUAGUUGGAGAUAAAGCUGAUAGUCUCGGCAGAAACCACUGGUUGAAUGCCACCCAAUCUCCGUCUAAGGCGAUCGCUAUGUGGCAUCCUCUACAUUAAUGAAAUUUUGCAAACUAAGAAAUUUAUAUUAUUCCCCUGAUCGUGCGGUCAGUCGCAUUAGAAAUAACGUAACCGACAUAAAAAGUGAAGAAGAAAAAUGAUAUAAUAAUUAAGAAAGACGAAAAAUAGAAAUUCUGCGGCUUGGGUGCGAUGGAAAUUGAACUGACCUACCCCUGACGUUUGAUUAUCAAGAUUAUGCCCGACAGUUAGGAGAUUUUAGUAUUUUUUUAAAGUGCAAUUUUUCGUUACACUGCAGAGCAUAAUGAGGAAUUUCAAUGUAUUUUAAUAUAUAUUUAAUUAUAUAUAUAAUUCAAAACUCUUCUCGUACACAGUAUAUAAAUGAUAUAGUAUAAAAUAUUGCGGUUCCAUCAUGGCACAAUGUAUCAAGCUGUUGCAUGCGCACAUGAUAUAAUUAUAUUCAUAAUUUUUCAAACUUCUGACACCGAAUGAAAAAAAUAUAUACAUAUAUAAAUGAACUCAACAGAUUACUGCAGUCAAUUAGAAUUUGAAAGAUGAUUAACUAACAUAGUCUGACGUAUUGAUUAAUGUAUUAGGUAUGGUCAGUCAAAACUGGAAAGUUUGUUGAACAUUUUCAACAUUUAAAGUACAGGAUAACGGAAUUAUAUGUUAUACAUUUUAUUUAUAGGCGCAUACUACGACAAGGAACAAAAUAAUGCGUCCGAACCCGAAACAGGUCUCAAAGUAAUAUAAUAAAAAUAACUAAACGAGUAAAUAUAAAAUAUAUAAUAUAUGCAUAAAUAUUGUAUAUGUAUAUCGUAACAAAUAUGAUACAAUAUAGAUGAUAUAGGUAUAUAUGGUAAAAAUUUGGAAAAUUAUACAAAAAAUAAAUAAAUAAAUGAAAGGCCUAUGUAACGAGGACCGUACAAUUUUCAUGAAUUGUGGCCUAUUAACUAUCCUAAAUGUUUUAUAUCUAUAAUAUAGAUUUAAAAAAAAAAACGAACAAAAGAUUAAAACAAAAAAAUCUUUAGAAAAUUGUGCUGUAAAUUCUAAUUAUAUACAUAUACUUAUUAUAUAUAUGAAUAUAUAUAUAUAUAUUUUAAACAGGGAUAAUAAGCAGAGCAACGUAUAAAAUGCAUGAUCUAAUUAUAUAUGAUAAAAUAUGCCUAUAUAUUACACGUAAACUCAAUAUGUGACGCAUCAUACAUAUAUGCGAUAUAUUGAUAUUGAUCAAUCAGCUGUAAUAAGUACAUCUGUGCUCCCCUCAAAAGGAUUAAAUAAUGUUCGAUCAAAACUAAUUCAAAUAUUAGCAAAAAAUCAUACUUAUAGAAAUUACGAAGCGUUAAAUUCGUCCUUAGUUUAGGAAUUUUUUCUUAAACGAUUAAAUAAAAAACUAGAAAGGAAACUUGAGUUCAGUUUUAAACUGUGACACUCGAGUAGGUGUUAUACCUAUAUUAUUACCUUAAUUAAUAAAAACUUGAGACCAAAGUCCGACAUAUCGCGAUUGACAAGAAUUUUCAAACGUUGACGUUUAUAGAACUUGUGUUCCGGCAAUCAUACAUAGUUCAACCUUCUAUAAUUUUGCAAAUGUAUUUUUGACUUAUUAAAUUUGAUAAAUGGUUAUUAGUUGCAUAUAACUGAUAUGUGUAUAAGUAUAUGGAUAAUAUAUGAAAAAAUAAUAUAUACAUAUACGGUGUCUAUAAAAAUAUAUUACGAUUCUAUUAAAUGUCUAAUACCAAAAACGUUAAUGUUAUUCUGUUAUUAACAAAUUAAGUAAAUGAGUAAAGAUUUGAGAAUAUACAUACAUUGAUUAUUGGGAAAGACACCAUAUGACUCAACAUGAGCAUGGUCCGAAUCGUACGCUUAACUUAUUGUUAAUAUAUACUAUAUUAAUAUAAAUAUUUAUCUAUAUUGUCAGAUAUCUACAAUGUUCUAUACAUACAUUAUAAUAUGUCUUAAAGUUCAAUAUUAUGUAUGUAUACCCAGUCAUAUAUAAUACAUAUACUAUACCGCUGGAUCAAUGGGACUGCUUCAUCUUUGUAGUUGGCAGUUGUACAGGCAAAUUUCGAAAUCCUGUCAAUGAUAUAUCGUGAAAUAUAAUUAUGGUAAUUAUUUGAGUACCGAACUAAAAGUCAAAUCACUCAAGCGCCAUACUUUUAUUAUAGAUAUCAUAAAAAGACUAGAUUUCGUAUUGACUGUCAAGAAUGUGCAGUAAAUAUAUUUGUGAAACUGUUUCCCCUCAUUAUUUGCUGGUAAUUAUUUUUGGAAAUUUCAACUUUUAUGUCUCUUUGCUCAGUGAACGUGUUCGUAUAAUUAUAACUAUGCGGUUACAUGUUAUUACGUUUAGGGGAAACAAGAUGUAACAAUGUGUCCUAAAUGUGAUGUGCAAUUACGAUUCUCUCGUCUCGUACCCUGCGUGGUCCUCAAAAACAAAACAAAAAUGCAAAAAAACAUCCAAAUAAAUAAAGUUAUUUACACCAAA